GUGUGUCAGUGCGCAGCCUCAGUGUAUCCCGGUGAUAAAAUCCCCCAAAGGGCCGCUGUUUGGGAUGGGCAUCUGAGUAUGGAGAAAUAAUACCGGAACGCCUCGGACUCAUUGUUCACCCAUCAGGAAGCAAAUCGUUUGUCCUUGUUUGAUUAACACCCUGAAGAUUCAGAAAUGCCGAGCAACAAGCUUGAUAAACCAGAAAAGUUGGAGGUGAGCGACAACGUGAAGGUGGUGGUCCGAUGUCGACCUCUCAACCAAAAAGAGAAGAUGAUGGGAUACAAGCAGUCGGUCACUGUGGACGAAAUCCGAGGAACCAUCACCGUGAAUAAACUCGAGACACCCAACGAGCCACCGAAGACCUUCACUUUUGACACCGUGUUUGGUCCCGACAGCAAACAGCUAGACGUGUACAAUUUAACAGCCCGGCCCAUUAUCGAUUCGGUGUUAGAGGGAUACAAUGGAACAAUAUUUGCUUAUGGACAAACCGGCACUGGGAAAACCUUUACCAUGGAGGGAGUGAGAGCCGUUCCUGAGCUCAGAGGGAUUAUACCGAAUUCGUUUGCUCACAUUUUCGGUCACAUUGCUAAAGCAGAGGGUGACACCAGGUUCUUAGUUAGAGUUUCAUACUUGGAGAUCUAUAAUGAGGAAGUGAGGGACUUGUUGGGGAAGGACCAGAUGCAGAGAUUGGAGGUGAAAGAAAGGCCAGAUGUGGGAGUCUACAUUAAAGACCUAUCUGGUUAUGUUGUGAACAAUGCUGACGAUAUGGACCGAAUUAUGACUCUGGGGCACAAGAACCGUUCUGUUGGGGCUACCAAUAUGAACGAGCACAGCUCCCGAUCUCAUGCCAUCUUCACUAUCACCAUCGAGUGCAGUGAGAAGGGCAUUGAUGGAAACCAGCAUGUGCGCAUGGGCAAACUGCACCUGGUGGACCUUGCGGGAUCUGAGAGGCAGGGUAAGACAGGAGCCACUGGGCAGCGUCUUAAAGAGGCCACAAAGAUCAACUUGUCCCUGUCCACUCUGGGGAAUGUGAUCUCUGCUUUGGUGGAUGGGAAGAGCACACACGUGCCCUACAGGAAUUCCAAACUCACGCGCCUGCUGCAGGACUCUCUGGGAGGAAACUCCAAAACCAUGAUGUGCGCAAACAUUGGACCAGCGGACUACAACUAUGAUGAGACCAUUAGCACCCUGCGCUACGCUAACCGUGCAAAGAACAUCAAGAAUAAAGCGAGAAUCAAUGAAGACCCCAAAGAUGCACUCUUGCGCCAGUUUCAGAAGGAGAUCGAAGAGCUCAAGAGAAAGUUGGAAGAAGGAGAAGAGAUCUCAGGGUCAGAGGGCAGCGGCUCUGAAGAGAUGGACGAAGGAGAGGACGAGGCUGCCGACGGCGGAGAGAGACGCAGAAAACGACGAGGAAAGAAGAAGGUGUCCCCAGACAAGAUGGCAGAGAUGCAGGCGAAGAUCGAGGAGGAGCGGAAGGCCCUGGAGGCCAAGCUGGACAUGGAGGAGGAGGAGCGCAACAAAGCACGAGCAGAGCUGGAGAAGAGAGAGAAAGACCUGCUCAAAGCCCAACAGGAACACCACCUUUUACUUGAGAAGCUGUCUGCUUUGGAGAAGAAGGUGAUUGUUGGAGGAGUUGACUUGCUGGCCAAGGCAGAAGAGCAGGAGAAGCUUCUAGAAGAAUCCAACAAUGAGCUGGAGGAGCGACGGAAAAGAGCUGAGCAGCUCCGCAGAGAACUGGAAGAGAAGGAGCAAGAACGUUUGGACAUUGAGGAAAAAUACACCAGUUUGCAGGAGGAGGCCCAAGGGAAGACCAAGAAAUUGAAGAAAGUCUGGACCAUGUUGAUGGCAGCAAAGUCAGAGAUGGCAGAUCUGCAACAGGAACAUCACAGAGAGAUCGAGGGCCUGCUGGAGAACAUCCGCCAGCUCAGCAGAGAGCUCCGCCUGCAAAUGCUAAUCAUUGACAAUUUUAUCCCUCAGGAAUACCAGGAAAUGAUUGAGAAUUAUGUACACUGGAAUGAAGACAUAGGGGAAUGGCAACUGAAAUGCGUGGCUUACACAGGGAACAACAUGAGAAAACAAACCCCUGUGCCAGACAAGAAGGAAAAAGAUCCGUUUGAGGUGGAUCUGUCCCACGUGUAUCUUGCGUAUACCGAGGAGAGCAUGCGCCAGUCCUUGAUGAGGCUGGAGAGACCCAGGACCUCGAAGAGUGGCAAGGCCAGACCAAAAACUGGACGCAGGAAGCGUUCGUCCAGGCCAGAGACGGCUAUUGAGUCCCUGCUACAGUGAUCUCCAUUAGUUUCUGCCUGCAGGAUCCAGGCCAGUCAUUUGCGUAAGAAUGAGUUGAUGUUUGUUGUGUAAAGAUGUAAGCAUCUGGACUAAGUAUACUGAAGUUUUGGUGAGGAAACAGGUAUUCAGUGUACAUGUGCUGGAAUACUGCAGAUCUUUAUGCUUGUUGUAAAAACACCUAUUCGUUUCAGAAUGUGCAUUCAGCAAAUUAUAAAUUUCUUCUUUAACCACAAAACAAAAAGUGUUUCUUGAGCUUCGGCUAAAACGUGGUAGUUUCCGGAAGGACACGACUCCUCAGGCGUAGGAUGUUACUACAUUGAUGGCCUAGCUGAUUAGCUUGUUAAACUUAAGCAAACUACUUCAGAUAUGAAUCACAUGCUUGAUGUUUCUACCACUAGCUUUUGCAGUUCCCUUUCAGUCUUUGAACUUGAUGUAUGUAAUGUGUGCUCCUAACCUGAUUUCGUGAGGGAUUUGGCCUGAGAACCUGCAUGCUGCUCAACAUCCACUGUAGUGCUACAUAACACUAGCUAAAUGUUUUUGUUUUCGUUCCAUGAGCUACCACGUGUGCACUGUAGUCAAAGAUGAGACCUUUUAUUUGCCAUAAAAUUGUUUACAUUUACUAUGCUGUACCAUGUAUACUUGUUAAUUUAUUAAAUUAUUUACCUCAUAUUUCCAUGUCCUGAUUGCUUUGGUAUGUGUCAAUUAAAAAUGUAUAUGAAUAAUA